AUGCGUGCAAUCCGGGCAGAAGCUGCAGCAUCUGUGGGCGCCCCUCCAACCGUCGCAGGAGAUCCGGAGUGCGGCGCCGGCAACCAUGGCGCAACUCCUCGGUGGGGAAGAAGGGUACAACGUCUCGGUCGGGCUAUGCUGACUCAAAACGUCCCCACUCCAGCGUUCUCAUCAUGCGGAUUUGAAAAUUAACACGGAACAUUUGUAAUGCGAAAUCCCAGUCGAGGCAUUUUUUCAAACCGAGUUUUGACAUUUGUAAUGCUGUAAACAGGAUGAGCUGGUGUUUUUGUGAUGCGGCUGUAGUUGUCGAUAUCCUGCACUACAGCACAGAGAGGUGGAACUUGUGAUGCGUGACUCUCGGAACUUCAGGAUUUUUUGUGUUGCCAAAAAUAUAUCCCCAUCUUGAUUAUCGGGUGGUGGGCUCGUUUUUACUCAGGAUACGGGAUACUGGAAAAUCUAGCGGAAGUCGCAGCCAUCCUCGCACCCGAAGGCGUCCCGGUGGGUAUGCAAUGCAAAUAUUGUUCUCGACCACGAACUUUGUAAUGCUAUCUUGUAAAGAAUGACAGUAAUAAUCACCAGCCAAGCAUGAGAAAAAUUUGCACGGCCAGUGCACCUGCUGCGCAUUCUGCAUGACGAUGUGUUUUUCUGUAUGGUCAGGACAAGAGCUUUCUCGGGGACUCGCAUCACGACAAACUCUGCAGUUAUAGAAGCAUGACAAAUCUUGCACUUCUCCAGACGUCGAGCGAUAUUUGCAAUGCAUAGUCCGAGAGAUGGAACCCGUGGAGAACAACUAUCAGAGUGCACAACCCCCCCUCGCCCUCAUUUAUAGGGCAUGAAUAGAAGCAACACAAGCGUCAGCUGGGGUGCAAGUUUUGCAUGACAAAUUUGCGCAGGGUUUUAGUGCUAGUUUGGCGGCCAAAAUUUGUCAUGCAAACAGUGCCAAGAGGGAAGGCGUGGAGUUGGUACUUUGCAUGACAAAGGAGGGGGAGGAGGGGUUGCGCACUUUCAUAAGAACACGACACACUACAUCCGGGACUGCUUGAUCAACUGCGGCAACCCGUAUCCCGUGUCAAAACGUCCCCAACCCAGAGUUGUAAUGCAAUUCUGCAUGCGUAAAAUCUUUCGUUCCCAUGAGAAGCAUUUUCUGGUGGUGUUUUGAGAUAAUUUGUGUUGCUCGAAUCAGCAUGGUAUUUGCGCUCUGUGAUGCUGCUAGAAUACUACUUGCGAAAUACAACUACACUCCGACCCUGAAAUUUGUAUUCGCAACAGCCACAGCCUGUCGAUUUCUCUAGCAGAUUUCCCAUCUUAUCUAUGGGGCGCGGGGACGUCUUGUCUCACGAUAACCCGAACAUUGAACUCACCGCCUAUCAAAUGCAAAUAUGUCUGGGUCUGGAAGAUUGCAAGGCUCGUCAUGCACAUUUUGCACGGCCCGUGAUGUCUGCGAUGUACUAUGCCCCAGCAUCACAGAUUUUUUGCGGGUAUCAUGACGCCUAUCCCGCAUGACAAAUGCCCUCUCCGCAGCGCAAAAACUGGACGCCUGUACUUGCUGGUCAUGCAAUACAGAUUUUUUUAGGUUCCAAAAAUAGCAUCACACGUUGCAUUCUUCCAGAACCAGACACUUUUGCAAUCCAUACCGACCUGUUGAACACCAUUUUGGAUAGCGCGAUGUUCAGCACGAACCAGGUCACUAUCAAAAGGAAAAAUCCCCCCUCCCCAUAUCAAAAAGGAAAUUUGUGAUGCUGAUUUGUGACCACAAAUCGACUUGUAUUGCUAGAAGGCCAAAAGACGCAGCUGUUCCUUCGUUUGCAGGAAAUUUGUCAUGCUGUUUCCUGUUUCCAGUUGCUUCCUGUCAUGCUGAAGACGCAAAGCUUUCCCAUGCCAGCCAGCACUGAAAUCUGCAUCUCUUACCUUGUAGCAUGACAACGCGAUUUGUGAUCACAAAUCAUACUAUACAAAUCUCCCUUUGAGUAUGGGGUGGGGGGAUUUUUCCUUUUGAUAGUCACGACGGAGUACUUCAACUACGGUUCGCGCUUCCACAACAAAAUGUAUCCUGUGUAAAAAAGUCUCCACCCCAUAGUUGUUGUCAUGCAGAUUUGCAUCUACACAAAAAUCUGUAAUACGCAUCCGCGAGAGAGGAAGUUGUAGUCGUGUUCUGGGCGGAUUUGUAAUGCUGUAAACAGAAUAAGCAGGCGUCUUUGUGAUGCUGCUGCCCUUGCUACAAAGUACUACAGAUGGAGCCUUGUCAUGCAUAACUCCCAAAACUUCGAGAUUUGUGUUGCAGAUUUACGAACUUGACUAUGGGGUGGGGACGUUUCUACUCAGGAUAAACUGAUCGACAUCGCCACGCGGGCCCAGAGCGAACUCGAGCUGUUGUCCCACUACGUCGAGAUGGAAGCGAAGGGACCACCACCACUUGUCACCAACACAAUCCCUAGCCCUUCUCCAAAGCCGGUCAGCGAAACAGCACCCCAGUCGACGACGCAGCCGGUGCCUGGUAUUUAUCAAAUGCAAUUAUGUCUGGGUCUGGAAAAUUGGAAGACUUGUCAUGCACGCUUUGCACGAGGCAUGAUGUGUGUGAUGCAUGCGAUAGCACCACAGAUUUUUUGAGGGCUUCUUGAAGCCUAUUCCGCAUGACAAAUGCACCUUCCGCGUAGCAACAAAAAGAUUCCUUUUGCUGCUCAUGCAAUGUAGAUUUUUUUGCCAUCCAAAUGCAGCAAAACAAGUUGCAUUCUUGCAGACCCAGACAUAUUUGCAUUCGAUAAUAUUAUUCCAUAUACCAUCCAGCAGUCCCUGAAGUCCUGGAUAAUCGAACUCCCGUCGUUUCACAAUAUCCAGUGCAAAAAUGUCUUUGUCUGGAAGAGUGCAAGACUUGUCAUGCAGAUUCUCCAUGACGCAUGACUUCUGGAAUGCAGAACCUAGCAUGACAGAUGCUGUGAGAUCCGUAUCAUGCCUGUUCUGCAUGAGAAAGUGUCUGCUCUCAACUUGGUUAAAAGUUCACAACUUUUGGUGAUCAUGCAACACAGAUUUGUUUGCAUCGGAUCCACGCUUAGCAUUACAAAUUAGAGUGUUCCAGACCAAGAUUGAUAUUUGCAAUGCAUACACGCCCGGGUAACAAAGCUGCUCUCAGAAUACGACCACUACCAGUCAAUUGGGCAGAAAGUGGCCAACCCGUUCGGGGUCCGAAUGGAUGGGGCCGCUUCGGUCCAAGACGCGCAACGCGUCCGUCACGUCCUGCCACUGGGUCAUCUCUACGAGAGCCGGCAAUUUUACAGCACCGUGCUGGUUCCGUCGGAGACAGUGGAAUUGUCCGGGGGGGCACUGCGUGCAACAGUAUCUUGAGCAAAAACGGCCCCACCCUAUAGCCAAGUUGGUGAAUCUGCAAAGCAAAUCUCCAAGUUUUGGCAGUUGCGCAUGACAGGUUUCCACCUGCAGGGUAGUGCUGGUUAGCAAGGGUAACCGCAUGAGAAAGCCAUCUUCCACUCCUUUUUGCAGCAUUACAAAUGCCAAAACACGAUUGCAAAUGCCCCUUAUGGACUCCAUAGGAGGCAUUUCUAAUCGUGUUUUGGCAUUUGUAAUGCUGCAAACAGGAGUAGAAGAUGUAGAUGCGCAUUACAAAUGCUCGCGUCAAUGCGCAUUUGCAUGACAGCUUUGGGGUGGGGGCAUUUUUGCUGAGGAUGCGCUGUGGAAUCGCUCCAAGCGAUGCCCCCGGACUUGCUCGCGGUUUGCACGUUGAAGGUGAGGAGGGAAAUCCUGCGGCUCCUGGACGCAGAAGGAUGCGACGCGGAAACCAUCACCCUGGGCAACGGCCUCCAAGUGUCCUACUUCAACGCCGCGGAGCUCGCAAAAAUGGAAGACGACAGCGCGGGCCUCACACUUCCACCGCUGGAGAAGCCGGCAGACGACCCCGCCGAGGUGACGGGCGGAGACCAGACCCCGAGGCUGACCACUGGACCGGCGUCGUUCAAGCGCCCCAUAUGGAAGAGCAGGAAGUAGAUUUCGCCCGAAUUCCACUCGUGUCAGGGUCGUAGCAUUUUUCGUUUACUUGAACUUGUCAUGCGAUGCUCUGGGUCUCUGUUCUGCAAGACUUAAUUGCGAAACGAAAAAGUUAUUGAAAACAUAGGGCUUAUCUGCCUACAGUUGCUAAGACCAGCUUUUAAUAAACUUUUUCUACUCCAUGCAGCGCAAGUGAUUUGUGAGUAGCACUAGGAACACAGAGUCAAAUCUUCCCGAGGACGGGCUUCCUGCUUUGCUCUGAUAACUAGCAGAGAGUACCAAGUCCAACAUGCAGCUGAAGCAACUGAAGACUGACCUCGAGAACCGCGUCCCAUACUACACAAAAUCGGCUGCCCAGCAGGCAACAGCUGCGACUCUGAUGCAAAGAAGCUUGCAUGUUGAUGCGCCGUACAGACCGCACAUUGCUCCGCAUGACAAAGCUCCUGCAUGUUCCUACCAGAAUUUGUCAGACCCCCGCUGCAGGCGUUUCGUGGCUCAAGCAACAUUGGCUCAAGAAUUUGGCGUGUUGCCCGUACUGCGUGCCGGGCUGCACCCCCGGCCGUAGACUAAAUUUAUUUCGAAAAUCUACUUGAGCGAACUGAGAGCUCCUGCACUUAUUGACGAAACCAAGAUGUGCAUCCGAUAAUUCCUGUGUCGUUCUUGGCCUUCGGAGCCGCGUGGCAGGCGGGCUUCUGCCGUCCAUGUUCCGACCCGGUGAACACGCCUUCCUCCGACGCACGGCCAAUUUCGAAAAGGCGAUGAACAUGCUGUACAUCAAAACGGAAAAACAACUACACCACCACUGGCAUCGUGGACAUUCUUGACACACCACGGGAUCGGCGUGACGUCGGGACUGCGAGGUGCUGGUUGUGAGUUGCCCAUAGUCCCUGACAUGGCAGUACCCUCUGUCGCCCCCCCGUGCGAUUCCCACCGCAAAAGCGCGCUAAAGAGAGCACCCGAGCCACCUCUUAUUUUUUUUCUGAUUUCUGUCUUGUGCCUCCCUCGAGGUCAUCACUGGAACUGUACACUACUUCUUUGCGUCAGAUCAAACGCUGUUGACCACUGCUAACUCCAUAGCGGCACCGGAUUGGACGCUGACUCCCCACCGGAUAUCAGAGUGAAAAUCAAGCAUCCAACCACAGCCUCAUGUUUAAGUAAACACCGGACCACGCACGACGCGAUUUUUGUCAGGCUGCAUGACCAUUCAUACUUGUUAAAUAGUAGUGUGCACAGAGUUUAUUCUGCUCCCGGGAAAAGAAUAGUAAAUGUCAGCAUCCGUGGUUGGAGAAAAAUUUUCCCUACCAAGUCGAAAGCACAGCUUUCCCCCGAUGCUGAACUCGAAGAGGACCAGGUAUAUUGUCGAUGUUGUGGAGAAUGAAAUUCUGUGAUGUUAUGGAGUGAUUGGUUUCGUGACGCAGAUGUUCUCAUUUUUCUCCAACCACGGUCAAAACAACGUAUAAUUUUCUCCUCCCACGCAUCGUAUAACAGGUUGGAGCAUCUUCUUUCCGUCCGCCGGCAAGUACAACUGAAGGGCUCCUCAAUAAGCAAAACGCAGGCGUACAGUGUCAGAUCUUGAAUUUGGCUCUUGCUAUGAGCCGCGCAUGUCUUGCAUGACUCUUUGCAUGAGCCGCGCAAGUGGCAAGAAGAGGAAAACAGCUUUUGGACACAAUUCACCUGACCUGUAAGUACUUUUUUGCUUUCCAUAGUGCCUGGGUCAUCGCCAGAUUCGAAUGCGGAUCUGGUAUAAGUAGGGUCGUGUUUGCAAUUAUAAUCUUCAUUUACAGCGACGAAUAAUUCAAUGCCAUUUUUAACAUGAUCAUGCUUCGUUUACUAUUCAACCCCCCUCCGUGCAAAAAAUCAGGAUGUUGGCGCACAAACCAAGAAUAGUAUGAAUAACGAGAUGCCCUACAAUCGACACAGAAGAAAUCAGUGUGCAUCCUGCGACCACAUGUGUCCGAAAAGUCCUGCGACAGUAGAUUGUCAUGCAGAAGAUUCGGUGUGCGAUGAAGACCGACUAGAAAUAACAGCAUUUUGCUCUCGAACUACAACUACGCAAAGAUACUGCAAUAGCAUGCUGAGUACAGCUUUUCUUCACUCGGGUGUGCAUUGUAGGGACGCUUUUCCUCUUGACAGCCCAGACGUCCCUGCAUGAGUCCGUCACUACAGUCGUCAUCGACGUGCCGAUCGACGAGAAGGAGAGGCUGCACAACAUGCUCCUGAAACAGCUCCGGCAGGUGCGGUCGACGAAGUACAACAUCGGGCUGCCGAGGACGGACGACGCCGAGGUCUACGCGGUGCGAACAGGAACGCACCUGACCGGAUGCGACGCGAAGCUCAUGCUCAUGACCGGUGAACAAAUUCCAAUCGGAUGGAAAAGUCUCGAACAGCUGCUCGUCGACGCCGUGCGGAUCGUGUGCGGUGUUCCCAAAGCGACCAUCCUCGGCUCGCCAGAACGUGCAAAUGACAUGCUCGAAGUGUACAGGGUCCUGAAAAAGGUCAACUCGGUCAAGAAGUUCCAGUCCAGCACAAAUCGCAGCAUCGAGAAGGCCGUGUAUCCUGAGCAAAAACGUACCUGCACGAUGGUCAAAGUAGAAAAUCUGUUUCGGGUGGACAAACCCGCAUGACAAGUUUGGGUAUGUACUCACAGAACAAGUUUUGAGAGGACUCACGCAUGACAAGUUUGGAUAUGCAGCACACCCGUGCCGAGAACGCGCAGUCGCGUCCCUAAUUAGCUGCGCAACUAUGCAUGCAGAAUGACGAAAUUCCAAACACGAGUGGAAAAUGGCUGACGUGUGAAGGUACAUGGGAGACAAUCUCGGUUUGCAGAUUUGCAGCGAUGGGUACGCUUUUGCACAGGACACCCGCCCAUUCGACGUCAUAUGCGACACCGGCGUUCUUCAGCGUGACAAACCUUUUAUCAAAGUGGAAAACUGUGCCGCCUCAUACUCCCAAACCCUUUGUUAUGGAGCAAGGAACGAAGCACGGCCUUUAUUGCGAUAGAUGUGGCACGAGGGUGCGAAACUAUCUCAACAAAGCAGUCUAUGUGCAUGCUAGGCUCUCUUUGGCGAGUGUGAACCGCGAUAGAAGCUUCAUCUGCAUGCGCAUGAACACCGCCUCGAUGCUCCAAGCGGGUGUGAGGCUGGAGUAGUUUUCUGUACUUUGAUAAAGGCCAGCCGGAAGUCGGAAACCCUGUACCGCGAGGUGGGAAACGUCGAGUACUUCCUCUUCGUUAUCAUCCUGGCCUUUGCACAGCACAACGGCGAGGACCGGUUAAAACGGCUGCGCGACUUCUGGACCGGAAAGGUGAAGCUCCCUGCGACCCCCGACAGGGGCGGCAACCUAAGCAGGCAGCAGUACCAGCGGAAGGGGUAUCUCGUUCUGUCGCAGACGUCUGCGAACUAGGAUCGGGCUAAAUACUGAGACAACAUCCGAAACCUCUCGCGCGGGCUGAUGUAAGAGAAAGAAGCGAAUCAAACGCAAAGGAACGAGGACUGUGUUGCCACCUCGAGUCUUGUGAAGAAGAACAAAAAUAUUGCUAUUUCGUGCGAAAGAGAGAAAGGAAAUCUCUCGUGCGGAAUUCAGAAACAAUUUGAAUUUUCAACACAAAUGUCAACAGCAUUUCGGGAAACAUCAACACGCGAAAAAAUUUGCUGC